AUGCCUCCAAAGGCAGCGAAGAAGGCUGAGCCUAAAGGUGGAAAGGCUCCACCCGGAAAGAAGAAGGAGGGAUCCGGAGGAAAGGCCAAGAAGAAGAAGUGGUCCAAGGGAAAGGUCAGGGAUAAGCUCAACAACAUGGUCUUGUUCGAUCAGGCGACAUACGACAAACUCUAUAAGGAGGUAAUCACCUACAAACUGAUCACGCCAUCUGUUGUUUCUGAACGUCUGAAGGUUCGAGCGUCAUUAGCCAAAGCAGGUCUUCGGGAACUUCAAGCCAAGGGACUUGUGAAGUGCAUCGUUCACCAUGGGGGCCAAGUCGUUUACACUCGAGCCACCAAAGAGGCUGACUAUUUCUGGAUUUUUGUUGUAUUUACUUACAACCUUCUCAUUGUGGGUUUUUUUGAGAUGUUCGUAUUCCGGGUUCUCAAUGCGGUACCAUACAGUAACGAAGCAGGUGCUAAGGAUGUCAUUGCGAGCUUACAUUCCUUUUUGACUUGUAAUCUGUUAGUCGGUCUCGCAGUGUUAGUAUCAUGGAAGCAGUUCGGCGGUAAACCAAUUGAGUGUAUGGUGCCGACGGACUUUACAAGUGCAUGGGUUCAGUAUGCAGAGAACUACUGUUGGUCACACGACACAUACUUUCUUCCAUUCUCUAAGCCUGCAGCUCGUAUUUCCGACAGUUCUGACCGUAGCGAGGCUCAGUUCAUAGUUAUUCAGAUCUCGUACUACCAAUGGAUGCCGUUCUUCCUUCUCUUUGAAGCUGCUUGCUUUCGAUUGCCAUGUUUUAUAUGGAAAUAUUUUGCUGGUCAAAGCGGGAUGAGAGUUGGAGAGAUAUUGCGAUUGGUAACAGAUGAGCAUAAUACCGUUCCUGAGAUUAGAAACGAGAACAUUGAGGCGCUUCGAAUACACUUACAAGGAGCUUUGCGAUUUCAGAAGAGACUUAAAUUGAAAAAUCUUUCACCACACAAAAUUCUACGCUGCCUCAACGUAAAAUAUUCUACAUAUUAUGUCACAUUGAUCUAUUUCAUAGCAAAGUUGGCGUUUCUCCUGAACGUGGGCCUACAAACAAAGCUGCUGAAUGAGUAUCUCUUGCCUCAUGCUAAUUCGAGUCAGUUUGGUUUCGAUGUAUGGCAGACUCUGUGGAGUGGAAAUAGUUCAUGGAAAGAAAAUGGUUUAUUUCCAAGAGUGACUCUUUGCGAUUUCGAGGUGCGAGAAAUGGGAAAUAUACAAACGCAUACCGUACAAUGCGUACUUUUAAUAAAUAUUUUCACUGAGAAGAUCUUCAUUCUUCUAUGGGCAUGGUAUGUUUUUCUCGGGACGCUAACAGCUCUCAAUAUGUUCAGUUGGAUGUUUGCGAUGUUCAGCGAGACAUCGAAGGAACAUUUCAUAAUCAAUCACCUUGAAAUGUGUGAAACCCAAUUUGACAGGAAAAGCGCCGAUAAUCGGGAACACGUCGUUUGCUUUAUUGACAAGUAUCUGGGCCUCGAUGGAGUGUUUCUUCUCCGAUUAAUAGCUCAGCAUGCUGAUGUUGUCUUCAUUACUGAACUCAUUGGAGCACUCUGGAGAAGUCAUUACGAGAUUGAGGAACAGAGGAAGGCUUUGAAGAAAAUGAACCGUGUACUUCCGUUGUUGCGUUCCGGUGAGGAAGAAGGGCAUGUCAGUCCCGAUGUGCCCAGCUCUAGAAAGCAGUCUGUUAUGGGAGACAGGAAGCGCUUCAAUGCAGAAAUUUGGUCGUCAGGCCAGGUUUUCCUGGUCUUCCUUGACUGA